GACCGGCGGAGGCGGGCCGGGGCUCCUGGCAUUGACCGCCAUGCCCCGGUCUCCGCGCAGUGCCGAGGCGGUGGCUGCGCAGGGGCUUCGGGCCCAGAUUCCCAUGACCUCAGAAUCAGUCACCGAGCCUGUUCUGGAUGUGACCUUUGUGGAUGUGGCCAUUUUCUUCUCCCAGGAAGAGUGGGAGCUCCUGGAUGAGGCUCAGAAGCUCAUGUACUACAACGUAAUGCUGGAGAACUUUGCACUUGUGGCAUCCCUGGGUUCCUUCCCUGGAAAUGGGAAUGAGGAGUUAACUUCUGAACACAGCGUACCUAUCGAACAGAUGACUUCAAAGACAAGGUCAUGUACCCAGUCAACUUCUCUUUCUAAAAUGUCUCUCCUAGCCUUGGAAGAUAUUUUGCACCAGGCUGAACUCCAAAGCACAUCCUGUAUGCAGAAACUGUACUUGGAUGGUAUGGGUACAAGAGGCUUCCAUUUCAGCGUGGACCCUUGCCAACUCCAGAAGCCUUACAGUGGAGUGAAGCCCUUGGACAAAGAUGCUGACAGGGCCUCAUCUUUGUCAAGUUGCCAACUCCCUGUGUUGACAAAGCCCAUCAUCUUUGAGGAGAAUGGGAAGGACUUCCUAGGCACAGGGGACUUUCUUCAUCAGAAGGCCAUUGAUAAUGAUGAGCAGCCUCAUGGUAGCAGCAGCCAGUGUGGGGAAGUGCUUUAUAGUGGAGAAAAACUUUACAAGCACAGUGAAUGCAGGAAAGUUUCAAGCCCCGGGUGCACAAUUGUUCAGCAUCACAGUGCCUGUGCUGGAAAAGGACUUCAUGAGGGCAGCAAGUAUGAGAAGGCCUUCCCCCAUAAGUACACAGUUGAUCAGGACCAGGACAUUCACACUAGACUAAGGACAUAUGAGGGCAGUGAACAUGAGAAAUCCUUUAGCAAUAAGUGCCACCUCAUCGCACACGCGAGACUAUGCACAGGAGAAAGACCCUGUGAAUGUAGUGAAUGUGGGAAAGACUCUUCCCACAAAUCUGAACUUACUCCUCACCAGAGACAACAGAGUGGAGGAAUGUAUUAUGAAUGUGGGGAAUGUAAAAAAUUCUUUACCUACAAAUCCAACCUCAUUGAACACCAGAGAAUCCACACUGGAGAAAGGCCUUACCAAUGUGAUACCUGUGGGAAAUCAUUUAGACAAAGCUCUAGCCUCUUUAGACACCACAGAGUUCACACUGGAGAAAGGCCUUAUGAGUGCUGUGAAUGUGGGAAAGCCUUUAGACAAAUCUUCAACCUUGUUCGACACAGGAGUGUUCACACUGGAGAAAUGCCUUAUCAGUGCACGAACUGUGGAAAAUCCUUUAGCUUCAAAUCUGAACUCAUUGAGCACCAGCAAAUUCACAGUGGAGAAAGGUCUUAUGAGUGUAGUGAGUGUGGGAAAUGCUUCAGACAGUUCUCCAACUUCAUUCGACACAGGACUGUUCACACUGGUGAUAAGCCUUAUGAAUGCAGUGAAUGUGAGAAAUCCUUCAGUCGUAGAUUUAUCCUCAUUCAACACCAAAGAGUUCACACUGGAGAAAGGCCUCAUAGGUGUGGGGAAUGUGGCAAGUCUUUUAUCCGGAAGUCUGACCUCAUUCAACACCGGAGAAUUCAUACUGGCACAAGGCCUUAUGAAUGUGAAGAAUGUGGGAAAUCAUUUCGACAACGCUCUGGCCUCAUUCAACACCAGAGAGUUCAUACUGGAGAACGGCCUUAUGAGUGCAGUGUGUGUAGCAAAGCCUUUAGCCAAAGUGCUAGCCUUAUUCAGCACCAGCGAAUUCACACUGGAGAAAGACCUUAUGAGUGUAGUGAAUGUGGGAAGUCCUUUCGCCAAAGCUCUAGCCUAACUCAGCACCAGAGAGGUCACAGUGGAGAAAGGCCUUAUGAGUGUAGUGAAUGUGGGAAGUCCUUUAGCCAAAGCUCUAGCCUGAUUGACCACCAGAGAGGUCACACUGGAGAAAGGCCUUAUGAAUGUAAUGAAUGUGGGAAACUCUUUUCCCACAAAUAUGACCUCAGUCAGCAUCAACGGGUCCACACUGGAGAAAGACCUUAUGAAUGCAGUGAAUGUGAGAAAUCCUUUAGCCGCAAAUCCAAUCUCCUUCGGCACCAGAGAGUUCACACUGGAGAAAGACCUUAUGAGUGUAGUGAAUGUGGGAAGUCCUUUUGCCAGAGCUCUAGCCUAACUCAACACCAGAGAGGUCACACAGGAGAAAGCCCUUACAAGUGUAAUGAAUGUGGGAAGGUAUUUGCCUAUCGAUGUGACCUCAGCCAGCAUCAAAGGGUUCAUACCGGAGAAACUCUUUAUGAAUGCAGUAAAUGUGAGAAAGCCUUUAGCCGCAAAUCUAAUCUCAUUCGACACCAGAGUGUUCACACUUAGAAGGUGUUCAGUGUUGGAAAUAAGCUAUUUCAUAACUUGUUAACAUGGGUGGAAGUUGGUAGCCCUCUCUAAACUUAAAGAUGAUUGGUGUGAACUUCCAAAGUGGAGGUUCCUCAUUAGUUUCAGGCUUAUGGAAAAUUGUAAUGAGAUCCAAUGUCGAUUCUCCUGUUGCCUGGAGCCAUAGUCUGAUGUGACACUGACAAUUUCUGUAGUCACAGUGUAGGUUCACAUUGCCUGGACGAGGUUCCAUGCCAGUGUGCUCAGAGAAGUUCACCUCUCUACUCUUUGCCUCUGAUUCAUUUCCUUGUAUCUUCCUUUAAGAGCAUGAGUCUUACUCAGGUUUUGGUCCAGAAGACCCAGUGUGAGUUAUACUUUCUGACUUGCUACAAAGUACCUUGUUCAGGAGCAAUUUUGUUCUUAAAUCACACUUGUGAUGACUAUAUCUAGGUUUGAUUUUAUCAUCAUGCUGUCUAUUACUGAUUUUUUGUAAUGGUAGUUUUGUUUAUGCACUUUUUAAAAUACUUGAGAGGGAGAAAGAGAAUGAACAUGCUAGGACCUCUAGCCACUGCAAAUGAACACCAGAUGUAUGCACCACCUUGUGCAUCUGGCUUAUGUAGGUACUGGGGUAUCGAACCUGGGUCCUUAGGCUUCACAGACAAGCGUGUUAAGUGCUAAGCCAUCUCUAGCCCCGUUUAUGCACUUUUAAUGUGGCAGGUCCUCUUUAUGCUGUGGGGUAACAUAGACUAAUGAUGUCACCAUGAAGGGGAAAACCAAUUUUGCUUGGAGAUCCUUAACUUCAGAAGGGAUGGUAUGAUGGCAGGAACAGCUCUCUGUGCAGUGUUGGUCUAGGCUUUCACUGCCUCUUGCAGCCUCAGAGGUAAGAUUGCAGGGCUUUCUUUGUGUUACAACUUGUGGUCAGGUGCCAAGAUUUCUUUUUAAGGUCAGAGGUUCUGGUGAAGAGGGGAACCGUGGCAACCCCAGGUGUUCCUGUGAACCAUGUUAUUCACAGUCAGUUUACCACAAAGUAUCACUUAAUUCCCGGCCUCAUCAAAGGUAAUUUCUUCUGCAGGUCUUGGUAGUGGAGCUACUUGCUGUGACACACAGAACUGUGGAUUGUCAUUUGUAUUUGAGACAGGAAGUGGACUAAAAAUGGUAGUAAGUUAGAUGGACUGCACCUCUUUUAAAAGUUCAUUCCAGUAAUUCCAAUGACUUCAUGAGGUAAGCGAAUUCCAAGGAUAUUCAUAAUGGUUGCCUGCCAGUUUUUUUUUUUUUUUUCCCCCCAGAAAAGAUAAUGGAAAGGUUUUGUGGGUUCCUGGGCUGUUCCAGCACAGGACGAAGCUGUGCAGGCAGGACAAGAACGGAAAGCCGAGUCUAAAGCCCGUGCUGCAGUUGUGAGUCAGGGCGCUGGUUCUUGUUGACUGCGGGUAUUCACUACCACUGAAGCAAGGCUGUCCUCUUAGGGCAUGAGGACAGAAAUGGUAGAGGACGUCUCAGGUUAUAAACCUGGUUUUACUGAGGAAAGUAGGACAUUUAGGUGUAUUAUUUUGAGCUACUUUUCAAAGCUUAAUUUUAAGUAUAGUAUAACUGACAUUCAGCAAAAUAUACAGUGUGAUUCUAUGGCGUGUACCCGUUCUACCUACUCCACAAGCUGAGGCUGGAGAAUCGCUUGAGCCCAGGAGUUGGAGGCACACCUGAGCAACCCCAGCUCACAAAACAAACACAAAACCACUGCAAUUUAGUGUCUUUCAGUCGUCAUUACAGUCAUGAAAAUGAACUUACCAGUCAUGUGUAUAUUGACCUGGUGUCCUUCUAUAAUUUCACUUAUUUUCAGCCCUCUUGGUAAUUUUUGAUUUCUGUACAAGUUAGUUUGUAUUUUCUGGAUUGUAAAUCAUUGUUGUCAGAGUGUGUGUAUGCGUGCGCGUGCGCAUGCAAUUUGUACUUACUUUGAGAUUCAACAAUGAUGCUUAUUAAAAAAGUUCUAUUGUUGCCGAGUAGAAUUCUGUUCUAUGGCUGAACUAGUUAUGUGUUAACUUAUUGAAGGAUUUUGUUUUGUGUUAUUUAUAGGUGUUGCUUAUUACAAAUAAAGCUAUCGUAACUA